UGUUUAUUUAUUGUCUGUGUACAAUUUGUAGGUCUAUAAUUUUAUCAAUAAUUCUUUUAAAUUGCAUCAAAAUAAUCAAUUUAUUACAAAAUAAAUAUUUUAACAAGACUUAUUUAUGUCUUAAUUAAUCGUUUAAAAUUGUGGCUCGAUAUGCUUUUCCUUAGAUCUACACUACAUUGGCAAGACUGAAUGUAAAUUUAAUAUGCAGACGUGGCGCCUGAUGCUCUGUUCUGUCUAAAGUUUACUUGAAGACCAAAUUGUGUGAAGCUAUACAAUUUUCUCAAAGCGCCUGAGUGAAAGUAAUAUCAAAGUGUAUACCCACUAACUUCUUGAUUGUUUAUGUAGUUUCGUUUUGUAAACUAAAUAAACUAUUGUUCUGUAAACACGAUUUGCAAACUUAAUUGAAGAUGCCUCGUAAAGGUAAGAGAGUGGGUCGCCCCCCAGGGUCCAAGAAUAAAAAACUCAAGUCAAGCAACACAGAUCAACCAACAGAUAUCAAACAAGAAGUUAAUUCUGGACAAGUUUAUGUUUGUACAAUAUGUAAAAAGUCCUGUGACGAGGACGAAUGGGAGAGUCACGUGGAAAUCUGUCGUAUGAGUUCAAAUAAUAAGCAACCAUAUUGCUGCAAAGAAUGUGGGAAGAAAUUUAAGUUCAAAAAGAGUCAUCUUCAGCACAUAGAAAUGAACCACUCCACAUUACCUAAUAGUGUUGCUUGCACAAAAUGUAAAGUACGGUGUCCAAAUGAAACUGUUCUGAAGGAACACAUAGAGACAAUACAUGAAAGAGCCUUAUAUGUAUGUCCAGAAUGCAAUAAAGAGUUUGUAAGACGAUCUCAUGUAACUCGUCAUAUGACACAAAGUGGCUGUCAUGGUCGUCAGUUAAAUUUGUAUCCUUGUGAAAUUUGCAAGUCAAAAUUCACAAGGAAAGAUAAUCUGAUCGUACAUCUUAGAACUCAGCACAUACAUAAAAGUGAAAAAUACUUUUUCUGCAAGUCAUGUACUUUUGAAACUAAAAACUUUUCUAGACUAGUAAAUCAUUGGCAUUUAAAACAUUCAGGGACACCAAAUUAUUAUGAAUGCUAUCAUUGCGGUAAAUCUACCAGUUCCCGAGCAGCCAUGGCCAAACAUUUAGAAAUACAUGGAGAGAAAAACUACACCUGUGAAGUGUGUGGCUAUGCUACAUACACGGUAGAAGUAAUGCGGCGUCACAUCUUGACUCACGUUACGGAUAAACCUCACAAAUGCAAGCAUUGUAACAGGUCGUACAUACAGAAAUCGCAGCUCCAGCGACAUCUAGACAAGCACAAUACGCAGAAAAUGUGCCUUAAAUGUGGAGAAACUUUCUCGAGAACAUGCCAAUUGUUAGACCACAAAAACGUACACAAAGGAAAUAGCAAAUUCGCGUGUCGUUUCCAAGAUUGCCAGUUCUCUAAAAAACCAUUUUUAAGUGAGGCUCAAUUGCAGAAACACGUAAAAGUGCACCUCGAAGAUAGACCAUACGAGUGCGAAGUGUGCGGCAAGCGGUUCGCGGUGGAGCUGCACAUGCGGCGGCACCUGUCCACGCACACACUGGAGCGGCCGCGGCGCUGCAUGUACUGCGUGUCGGCGCGCGCCUACGUGCGAGGCGAGAAGCUCGUAAAGCACGUGCGCGUGCAUCACCCCACCGUGUUCAGUGCGCACCUCAAGCACGUGCGCACGGUGCUCGGUAUCGAAGCGAAUACGGUGAGAGUGAAGAAGUCGGAACUAGAGUGUAUAUUGAACAUGUUGGACGCGGAGUCGGAUCGGAUCAUGGACGGCUACGGGGGGACCGGCGUGUUGUACGGCGGCAUGCAGGAACAAAAAGAUGUCAACGAAAACAGUGACGAAAACAUCUCUACGCAAAACGAUAAUGGACCUUUGAUGACAGAAGAGGAGCUUUUGGACAACUUAGGGAAAAUGCUGUUCAAACUGAUUGAUUCAGACACACUCGAGUGUUUCGGUUGGCCCGACGAGCCAGUUGAUGUGGUGUUAGAGAAAGUGAUCGAGCACUGCGGAGCUAAACCAGCGGAUCGCACGAUGUGGACGCGCAUGCAACGGCUCCGAGAGAACACGAAGCAUCUCUUCCUGUACGUGAUAGACGACAAGAACAUCGCCCGCAUGCUGGACACGCACACCAUAGACCAGAUCGUCAAACAUAUACUCGCCCAAGUCAGCGACACCGACAAAUGAUUAUGUUCGACUUCAACAGUGUGCCCCUUAGCUUAUUGAAGUCGAUGGAGAAUCCGCGGCAUUGUCAUACAGUACACGCGCGUGUCCUGUGGUAGGACCUCUUGUGAGUCCGCGCGGGUAGGUACCACCACCCUGCCGUAAAGCAGUAAUGCGUUUCGGUUUGAAGGGUGGGGCAGCCGUUGUAACUAUACUUGAGACCUUAGAACUUAUAUCUCAAGGUGGGUGGCGCAUUUACGUUGUAGAUUUCUAUAAGCUCCAGUAACCACUUAACACCAGGGGGGCUGUGCGCUCGUCAACCCAUCUAAGCAAUAAAAAAAAAUACAUCUGUAGACAGUGAAAAUCAUGAUUAUAAGUUCCAUUUAAAUUAACGGCACUUAGUUUACAUAACUUUUUAAUAGACAGUGUUGCGUCAGUUUGUAUAACACCACAGCGCUGGUCACACGUUGCUUUUUGAUAACGACUAAUCAUCAAAAUUAAAUGAUAAAGUUGUCAGUGUAAAGUCGAUGGAGAAUCCGCGGCAAUGUCAUACAGCAAACGCGCGUGUCUCUCUCCAUACAUCUGUAGACAGUGAAAAUCAUGAUUAUAAGUUCCAUUUAAAUUAAUAAAACGGUGAAACGGGGUAAAUAUAUUUUUUAACACUAUCAAUCGAUGGGUUGUGACUUCAAUAAAAUGAUUUAGGUUGAAAUAACGAAUUAUUUCAAUUUGCAUUUUGCUUAUAAAUUUGAGUAUAGUAACACAUUUAUUUUAUGCAGUUGUAUAUCAUAUAACAAAACGUGAUGAAUAUGUGAAGUGAUAUCAUAUUAUUAUGUAGUAUAAGGGGGAUCGGGUAGACGUUACUGGACUUAAAAUAAAUAAUAAUAACUAAUCCAAGGUCAGGAAUGAAAGAUAUUAGUGAAAACGUCCUAUAGAACAUUUAUGAUGGACCCUUCUAAAUCAGUCUAUUAAUGAGCGUACGUCGAAGGGUUAUUAAUUAAAAAAAAAACUAUAAUAUUCUUAUGAAGCUUCGAUAACUCUUAUGAAUGAGAACAUGUUUUUUAUUAUUAUUACUGUAAUUAGAUGAGUAUACGGCUCGAUUAGGGAUUGUGGCGUCAUGUAAUAUUUGUUGGUGCACACAACAUGAGUUGAGGCCGGGGUCUUAGCUUGAUUUUUGCGAGUCCACCAUCUCCCGUAACGGGAGAGGGAGAGCUCUUCUUCCCCCAGGGCGUCGUGCCACGUCGUCGACUAUCGCCUCGACGACCCGUCGAUCGGGCGUCCUCGGGGUGGCACCGCGAAUCUGGCUGUAGUGUUGACCGCGGGAACCGCGCACCGUUUAGUGCGAUAGAACCCUAACGUCCUUGGGUCCGCGGUGUGCUUCCAACAUCUGCAGAUCGUCAAGUCCCGCACUCCCCCUAGGCGCCUACCUCGUAUGAGGUUCGGCCCGAAAAAAAAUGAGUCUUAGCUUGGUCAAUUUGCGUUCCGAAUGUUGUAUUUAGGGCUUGUUUAAGCAAACUUUUUAUUAAACCCCUCGAGAUCUUUCAUACAGGAUGCUGCAUCAAUGAACAAGGAUAGAGCUGAUGUUAUUUAUGCCACUUCCAAGACUCGGGACGCUGGCCGGCUCCGGACCCUCUCUGGCACCCAGCGGCUGCACGUAGGGUCGUUUUACGUAUUGGUAACGAUUGAACUUUGAAAUAUUUCCUAAUUCUCGUUCAGAUAUUAUAAAAUCUAUCCGUUCGAUUAUGUACGCUAAUCAUCCCAAUUAGCUAUACCAAUUUGGAUGUUGUAAUAUUAUUUGCGUUAAUUGGAUUUGCGUCUUUAAUUAUAUCUAUCGAUUAUCAUAGUAGUUACUAUGGAAUACGUGCUCGAUCCUAUUCCCUAUCUGAAAAGCUGGGAGUGUAAAUCAUAAUUCUUAAAAAUCAUGUAUAAAUAGACCUUAUAAUAUGUUCUAUGUAAUUUGCAUAAAUAGAUUUUUAUAAUAAAUGUAAAAAAAGUUUGAACAAAUUUAAUGCAUUUUAAACAGGAUGUUAUAAAUCGAUCAACAGUUUAUUUUAGAUCAUUAAAGGUAUAAAGGUAGUGAUGAUACCAAAUCAAUUUAAAGUUAUUUGUAAUUACAUUAUGUACGGAAGUUGUUUGUUUAAUUUAUUUAAGGCUUAAAUAUCGAAUAUAUAGUGACUGAAUUAAAUAGAGCAUGUGACAAAUCAAACUUCUACUAAUAAUAGUAAUACUCGUACAUACUAUGCAGAAAUGUAAAAACUAUAAAAAACUAUAAAAACUAUAGCAGGAUUUCGCCUGUCGUCUGUUGCUUGUUUAUAAAAAUAGAUUUUAAGUCUUUUUAAUCAUGUUAUCUUAUGUUAUACCUAAAUAUGUUUUAGAUUGAUUCAGCAAACCUUUGUUAAUUUUUAAGAUGCGUGAUUGUUAUAUAAUUCAUUUAGGGAUGCGGUAAAUUAUUAGGCUAUGAUAAUUAUAAAGAAACGAAUUAGUAUUAAGUGCCUUAUAAACUUUCUAUUUUUAUCUAUUACUUCGUUACUAUUGUAUAAAUUGAUUUUUGAUCAUUUGAUUUUUUUUUAAAUCUUCAUUCUUUUUUUAAAUUGUUUUAUAGCUUAAUUUUUUAUCCGCUAAUAUAUUAGUUAAGAUAUAUAAACUUUGAAAAUGCAUAUUUUAUAAAUAUUGUUUGAUAAAUAUGUUUUUGAUGUUAUUUCUUAUUUAGUAGUUUAGGUCGGUUAUUUAUUAAAAGCGGUAUAAUGUACUUGAGUUGGUGCUUUCCAUAUUUAGAGAGAAGGUAUAAUAUCAAAUUUCACGAUAUCCCACAAA